AUUCUCACAACCAACCACAACCCCUCCACCAAACCUCAACCACCACCUUCAUAAAAAAUUUUCAAAAGCCCAAUCACUCAGGCCAUAUCCAACACCACCAAAAACCAACCAAGAUGCCCCCCUCAACCGCCCAAAAACCCCUCACCUUAAUAGUCGCAACAACGCCCAUCCCGCUGCGCGCCGCAAAUGAGACACAAUCAAAAUCCCCCAUCCGGCUCGGCAUCGGCCUAAACGGAACCCUCCCCUGGCCGCGCAUCAAAGCCGACAUGAGUUUCUUCGCGCGCGUGACAACACGCACGGUCCAGCCGCGCGCGACGAACGCGAUGAUCAUGGGUCGGAAGACGUACGAUUCUGUGCCGGCGAGUUUGAGACCGCUCGGGAAGAGGAUGAGUGUUGUUGUUUCAAGGGAUGUGUCGGGGGAGGUGGGAGAGAGGGUUAGGAGGGAAUUGGCUGAAAAGAGGGAGAGGGAGGCGAAGAAGGCUGCUGCUGAUGCUGCUAAGGCUGCUGAUGCUGGGAAAGCUGCUACUGUGAUUGGGGAAGGACAGACUACGGAUGCCGUUGUUUGUUCUGGGUUAGAGAAUGCGCUGGAGAUGUUGGAGGGUGGUCCGGAGGCGGAGGGGAGACUGGGGCAGGUGUUUGUUAUUGGUGGGGCGGAGAUCUAUGGGUCGGCGUUGAGGUUGUCUGGGGGGAGACCGCUGCGGAUUGUGAUGACUUAUGUGGAGAAGAAAGAGGAGGGGGCUGUGUUUGAGUGUGAUACUUUUUUCCCGGUGGAUGAGGAGCUGGAGAGUGGUGAUGGGUGGAGGAGGGUGAGUGCUGAGGAAGUGUCUGGGUGGGUUGGGGAGGAGGUUACGGGGGAGUGGAGGGAUGAAGAUGAGGUGAGGAUUCGGAUGGUUGGGUAUGAGCGGUUACAUUAG